AUGACCAGCGGCACUAUGUUGGAAGCAUCAUCAUCAAUGCAUUUGUACGAAGAAAUAAUGGCCACGUAUUUAUCAACAGAACCCGUCGUUGUACCUCAACAAUUGCCAGUAGAAAAUUCAAAUAUUUCAAUCGAACCAGUUCCUAUAGUACGACAAUCACAAUUGAGAAAAUCAUUACCAAUCAAUUCAAAUAUUGUUACUGAAGAGAAAGUAUUCUGUGAUCAAAAAGUGAAAUCGGACAUUGUAGUACCACCUACUGUGCCUCACAGCGAAUCUUUGAACGAAGAACAUGUCGACGGUAAUGGUAUUACAAAACUAGAAGAUGAAUCUGAGGACACAUUCUCAGACGAUGAUGAAAUUGUAUUGAAACCAAUAGCCGCUGAAUAUCCAACUAACCGAGAAAUUGUCAUUGAAGGACCAACGCUUGGUGCUUCUAUAGUACAAAAAAAGAAGAAGGUGAAAAAAUCCAACAGCACUGCAAAUAAUCAUGAACGUGGUGAAAACAAUAGUUUAAAAACUUGGUUUAAUGCUCUAAAGUUAAAAAAAUCGUUAAACACUACGACAAAUGGCUCGACCAAUCAAAAAAAUACGUCUGCAGUUGUAGAAAAUAAAUCUGAAGAAGGAAGUACAAAGGCUGUGAUUUGUCCUCAAGAGACAAAUUUAAAUGGUAGCAGUUCGCCAUCAAAUAAUCUAACAGCAAAUACUGAAUUUCAAACCUAUCGUGUUAGAGUUCUUCCUGAACUUAGAAAAUUAACAGCAAGUGAAGCACUGAAUAUCGCUCGUCGUCAGCAUCACUCAUUAUAUCAACAAGAUUCACCUAAACCUGUAUUACUUAAAAAACUGACACAACAUAGUUCAGUUAAUUAUUCAUCUUCCAUUUCGAGUACAUCCAGUUCUUCUACUCAAUCCUCUUCUUCAAGUACUGAUUAUGAAUCAUUACGAGCUAAUGAAAAUACUUAUCUUUUACCAACAUUAGUAAACAAAAAUUCUCAUGAUCCACCAGCAUUAAUUCAUUAUCUUGAUAAUGUAAAUAAAUUAACAAUUGAACAAAUUGUAAAUGAAUUAAAAAUUAUCUUGCAUGACUAUAAAUUAAAUUUACCUGUUAUCGAAUUUCAAACAUUAAAAAGUUAUUUGCAACCAUCAUCAAAGAUUAAUAGAGAAUAUCAGUCACGAUACAUUAUAUUAUUACAAAUUGUUCAUGAAUUUCGAAUAUUUUUAUCCUAUCAUUCAAAUCGUACAGUUGAUAGUACAUUUUUUGAUGAAUUUCUUUUAUCAUUAUUGGUUGCUCAACAUUCAAUACCAAUUGUUGUUUGUUCAAAGUUAUUAAAACAAAAACCAUAUCAUUCUCAAAUACAAACAAUAAUAACUAAAGAUGUGUCUCUCUUUAUCAAAGAAUUUGAUUCAAAAAUCAUUAAUUAUAUAUUUGAUAAAAAUGAAUUUGUACAACAAUCGUCAGAUAUUAAUCAAUUUUUAUUUAACAUAGAAAAUCAAUGUUGUCAAUGUUUAUAUGAAUAUCUAAUUCAAUCGAUGAACGAUGUGACAACAAUUGAUAAAACUAAUCCAAUUGCUCAACGAGCUUAUUUACUCAAUUUAUAUUUUAGAAAAAUAAAAACAUUUCAUACAUUUAAAAUAAAUGAAAAUAAUGAAAAUGAUAUUAUUAUUCUCUACUAUGUUAUGUUAAAUGUAAAAAUGAGUUAG